GAGUCGGAGUUCGGAGUCUCCGCCCGAGCCGUCCUGAUUCCUCUUUGCCUCUUUCGGAGCCGCGAGUGGCGGAGGGAGGCCACGGGGCUGCAGCGGAGAGGCCCGCCAGGUCGGCCGCCUGCAAAGUGUGGCUCCGACACCUCCUUACUAUGGAAGUUAAGUGAAAAAAAAACCAACCAAACUAACUAAAACCAACAAAACCAACCAACCAAAAAAAAAACAAAAAACAAAAAACAAAAACAAAAACAAACAAACAAACAAAAAAAACAAAAAACAAACAAAAAACCAACUCUGGACGUGGAGCUGCACCGAGGAGAGACCGGGCAAGGAGGAGCCGUGGGCAGCCCCAUGCCUUCUCGGCCGCGCGCUGGCAACUUUGCGGAACACUUUCUAGGAAUUAGGUCUUUGGCCUCCCCCUUCGCCUUCCUGACUCCUGAAGAAAGAACUUGGCUUUGGAUGGCAAUGGAGCCCGAGGAGAGGGGGUUAGACGCACUCGAAUAAUCCCUCCGGCUGGGCUGAAUUGGUGGGAAUUUGGGAAGCCAGAGGGUGGAAAUACAGCAGCCUUUGGAGUGCCCUCUGGUAAUUUGGAUGGAUCCAAACGUGCCCCACUCAAGACCUCUCCACUAACCCCUUCUGACCGUGCGGCGACUUGCUCUUCUGGACUUUAAUUAGCAUCUAGGAAAGUCUAAACUUUGGACCUACCUCUUUUUUUGAUACUUAUUUUUGUACUUUUGCUCUGGGAUUGGUUUCUUAAACACUCUGGAUCCUUUUUAAUAUGUCAAAAUGAGUCGGCUGAUGUUUACACAACUACUGCUCUGUGGAUUGUUAUAUGUUCCGGUUGAUGGAUCUCGUCUUCGCCAAGAAGACUUCCCUCCGCGGAUUGUGGAGCACCCUUCAGAUGUCAUUGUCUCUAAGGGAGAGCCCACCACCUUGAACUGUAAGGCAGAGGGCCGGCCAACGCCCACCAUUGAGUGGUACAAGGAUGGCGAGCGGGUGGAGACUGACAAGGAUGAUCCCCGGUCUCACAGGAUGCUUCUGCCCAGCGGAUCCUUAUUUUUCUUGCGCAUUGUUCAUGGGCGCAGAAGCAAACCCGAUGAAGGAAGCUACGUCUGUGUUGCGAGGAACUAUCUCGGUGAAGCAGUAAGUCGAAAUGCAUCUCUGGAAGUGGCAUUGUUACGAGAUGACUUCCGGCAAAAUCCCACAGAUGUUGUAGUGGCAGCCGGAGAGCCUGCAAUCCUGGAGUGCCAACCUCCCAGGGGACACCCAGAACCCACGAUCUACUGGAAAAAAGACAAAGUCCGAAUUGAUGACAAGGAAGAAAGAAUAAGUAUCCGUGGUGGAAAGCUGAUGAUAUCCAAUACCAGGAAAAGUGAUGCAGGGAUGUAUACCUGUGUUGGCACCAAUAUGGUGGGAGAAAGAGACAGUGAUCCAGCAGAGCUGACUGUCUUUGAACGACCCACAUUUCUCAGGAGGCCAAUUAACCAGGUGGUACUGGAAGAAGAAGCUGUAGAAUUUCGUUGUCAGGUCCAAGGAGAUCCUCAACCAACUGUGCGGUGGAAAAAGGAUGAUGCAGACCUGCCAAGAGGAAGGUAUGACAUCAAAGAUGAUUACACACUGAGAAUUAAAAAGGCCAUGAGUACAGAUGAAGGCACCUAUCUGUGUAUUGCCGAGAAUCGGGUUGGAAAAGUAGAAGCCUCUGCUUCUCUAACAGUCCGAGCUCGCCCUGUUGCUCCUCCACAGUUUGUGGUUAGGCCAAGAGAUCAGAUUGUUGCUCAAGGUCGAACAGUUACAUUUCCCUGUGAAACUAAAGGAAACCCACAGCCAGCUGUUUUUUGGCAAAAAGAAGGCAGCCAGAACUUGCUUUUUCCAAAUCAACCCCAGCAACCCAACAGUAGAUGCUCUGUUUCGCCAACUGGAGACCUCACAAUUACCAACAUUCAGCGCUCCGAUGCGGGUUACUAUAUCUGCCAGGCAUUAACUGUGGCAGGAAGCAUUUUAGCAAAAGCUCAACUGGAAGUUACUGAUGUUUUAACAGAUAGACCUCCACCUAUAAUUCUACAAGGCCCUGCAAACCAAACUCUAGCAGUUGAUGGUACAGCAUUACUGAAAUGUAAAGCUACUGGGGAUCCUCUUCCUGUAAUUAGCUGGUUAAAGGAGGGAUUUACUUUUCUGGGUAGAGAUUCAAGAGCAACUAUACAAGAACAAGGAACAUUGCAGAUUAAGAAUUUACGGAUUUCUGAUACUGGUACUUAUACUUGUGUGGCUACAAGUUCAAGUGGGGAGACUUCGUGGAGUGCUGUGCUGGAUGUGACAGAAUCUGGAGCAACAAUCAGUAAAAAUUAUGACUUAAGUGACCUACCAGGGCCACCAUCCAAACCACAGGUCACUGAUGUUACUAAGAACAGUGUCACCUUGUCCUGGCAACCAGGUACCCCUGGAGCCCUUCCAGCAAGUGCAUAUAUCAUUGAGGCUUUCAGCCAAUCGGUGAGCAAUAGCUGGCAGACGGUGGCAAACCAUGUAAAGACCACGCUCUAUACAGUGAGAGGAUUGCGGCCCAAUACGAUCUAUUUAUUCAUGGUCAGAGCUAUCAACCCCCAAGGUCUAAGCGACCCAAGCCCCAUGUCAGAUCCUGUGCGCACACAAGAUAUCAGCCCACCAGCACAAGGAGUGGACCAUAGACAAGUACAGAAAGAACUAGGAGAUGUCAUUGUCCGUCUUCAUACUCCAGUUGUGUUGACUCCCACCACUGUUCAGGUCACAUGGACGGUUGAUCGCCAGCCCCAGUUUAUUCAAGGCUACCGAGUGAUGUAUCGUCAGACCACAGGCCUGCAGGCUACGACAACAUGGCAGAAUUUAGAUGCCAAAGUCCCAACCGAGCGAAGUGCUGUCUUGGUCAACCUGAAAAAGGGAGUGACUUAUGAAAUUAAAGUUCGACCAUAUUUUAAUGAGUUCCAAGGAAUGGACAGUGAAUCUAAAAUAGUUCGUACUACUGAAGAAGCCCCAAGUGCCCCUCCACAAUCUGUCACUGUGCUGACAGUUGGAAGCCACAAUAGCACAAGUAUUAGUGUUUCCUGGGAUCCUCCUCCUCCAGAUCAUCAGAAUGGAAUCAUCCAAGAAUACAAGAUCUGGUGUCUGGGGAAUGAAACACGAUUCCAUAUCAACAAAACUGUGGAUGCAGCCAUUCGAUCUGUGAUAAUUGGUGGAUUGUUCCCAGGUAUUCAGUACCGGGUAGAGGUUGCAGCUAGUACAAGUGCAGGGGUUGGAGUAAAAAGUGAGCCGCAGCCGAUAAUAAUUGGGGGACGUAAUGAAGUUGUCAUUACUGAAAACAAUAACAGCAUAACUGAGCAAAUCACUGAUGUUGUGAAGCAACCAGCCUUUAUAGCUGGAAUUGGUGGUGCCUGCUGGGUAAUUUUGAUGGGUUUUAGCAUCUGGUUGUAUUGGCGAAGAAAGAAGAGAAAGGGACUCAGUAACUAUGCUGUUACAUUUCAAAGAGGAGAUGGAGGACUAAUGAGCAAUGGGAGCCGUCCUGGUCUUCUAAAUGCUGGUGAUCCCAGUUACCCAUGGCUUGCUGAUUCAUGGCCAGCCACGAGCUUACCAGUAAACAAUAGCAAUAGUGGCCCAAAUGAGAUUGGGAAUUUUGGACGUGGAGAUGUGCUGCCACCAGUUCCAGGCCAAGGGGAUAAAACAGCAACGAUGCUCUCAGAUGGAGCCAUUUAUAGCAGCAUUGACUUCACGACCAAAACCACUUACAACAGUUCCAGCCAAAUAACACAGGCUACCCCAUAUGCCACAACACAGAUCUUGCAUUCCAAUAGCAUACAUGAAUUGGCUGUCGAUCUGCCGGACCCACAGUGGAAGAGCUCAAUUCAGCAAAAAACGGACCUGAUGGGCUUUGGAUAUUCUCUCCCUGAUCAGAACAAGGGUAACAACGCCUUACUUUACAUCCCUGACUACCGAUUGGCUGAGGGAUUGUCUAAUAGAAUGCCACACAACCAGUCACAGGAUUUCAGCACCACCAGCUCUCACAACAGCUCAGAGAGGAGUGGCAGUCUCUCAGGUGGGAAAGGUGGAAAAAAGAAGAAAACUAAAAACUCUUCUAAACCACAGAAAAACAAUGGAUCGACUUGGGCCAAUGUACCCCUACCUCCUCCCCCAGUCCAGCCCCUUCCUGGUACAGAGCUGGAACACUAUGCAGUGGAACCGCAAGAAAAUGGGUAUGACAGUGAUAGCUGGUGCCCGCCAUUACCGGUACAAACAUACUUACACCAGGGUAUGGAAGAUGAACUGGAAGAAGAUGAUGAUCGUGUCCCAACACCUCCUGUCCGAGGCGUGGCUUCUUCUCCUGCUAUUUCCUUCGGACAGCAGUCCACUGCAACUCUUACUCCAUCCCCACGGGAAGAGAUGCAACCCAUGCUGCAAGCUCACCUGGAUGAGUUGACAAGAGCCUAUCAGUUUGAUAUAGCGAAGCAAACAUGGCACAUUCAAAGCAAUAAUCAACCUCCACAGCCCCCGGUUCCACCAUUAGGUUACAUGUCCGGAGCCUUGAUUUCCGAUUUGGAAACAGAUGUUCCAGAUGAUGACGCUGAUGAUGAGGAGGAAGCUUUAGAAAUCCCCAGACCCCUGAGAGCACUAGAGCAGACACCCGGAUCCAGUAUGGACAAUCUAGACAGCUCUGUGACAGGUUCAAUGGUAAAUGGCUGGGGCUCUGCAUCUGAUGAGGAUCGUAACUUUUCUAGUCAUAGAUCUAGUGUAGGUAGCUCCUCAGAUGGCUCCAUCUUUGCCAGCGGCAGCUUUGCACAAGCAGUGGUGGCAGCAGCAGAUAAAGCUGGUUUUAGGCUGGAUGGAACCAGCCUUACAAGAACAGGCAAAGCUUUUACCUCCUCUCAAAGACCUCGACCAACCAGCCCAUUUUCUACUGACAGUAAUACCAGUGCAGCCCUGAGUCAAAAUCAGAGGCCUCGGCCCACUAAAAAACACAAGGGAGGGCGAAUGGAUCAACAACCAGCAUUGCCUCAUCGAAGGGAAGGAAUGACAGAUGAUCUUCCACCACCACCAGAUCCCCCUCCAGGUCAGGGUUUAAGGCAGCAAAUAGGCCCGAGCCAGCAUGCUGGUAACAUGGAAAACUCAACAGAGAGAAAAGGAAGCUCUCUGGAGACACCACAAGCAUCCAACUUAGAAGACACAAAGAGCUCAUUGGAUUGUCCAGCUAGAACGUCCCUAGAGUGGCAGCGACAAACCCAAGAAUGGAUAAACUCCACAGAACGCCAAGAAGAUAUACGGAAAGCCCUACACAAACAAAGUGUUGGACCAGAGGAAACAUUGGUGCCAUACAGCAAGCCCAGUUUCCCAUCUCCGGGAGGUCACAGCUCAUCAGGAACAGCAUCUUCUAAAGGAUCCACUGGACCUAGGAAAGCCGAGGCGUUGAGGGGAAGUCACCAACGCAAUGCCAGUGACCUUCUUGACAUAGGAUAUAUGGGCUCAAAUAGUCAAGGACAGUUUACAGGUGAAUUAUAGUAACUGAGAGGAGACAUGCAAAGCUGCUCUGAAGGACCACCAGGUCUGAACUCAUGGAAGUGAUGACAUUAAACAGUGCAAUGAACAAUUUCUUUAUUUAUGUACUAUUAAAAGAACUGUAAAUGCAAUGUAAAGACACACAGCCACACAUAUCCCACAGAUAUUUUACUUGUGUUCUUCUCUAAGUACACCACCCACCUUAACUCUUUCUUGUCAGGAGUAUAUAAAAAAGAAAGAAAACAAAACUCGCCCUCCAGGAAGAAAAGGAUUUUCCUCUGUAUAUAAUUUCUUUUGUGCAUUGCUAUGCAAGCUCACUCUUUUUAGCUCUGUUCAUACUAUUGUCUGUUUUUAUUGGUCUGUUGUACUAUAUGUGAAUUAAUAGGCUGUGGUGCCAUAUAUUAACUUUUAAUUGUGUAACUUUUAUGUUUAAAUUUUGCACUGCAAUUUUAUUUGGUGAUAAGCACAAAUCUCUACUCCUCGUGACAUGAAGAACAAGACUGAAUGUGAAGGGAGUCUCUGUACUGUAAGCUAGGCUGGAUAUGCUGGUUGGAACCAAUCACGUUGGAUGGUUUGCAGUUGGGGUGUAGGAAUAGGAAGAUGCAAGGAACAGUAGUGUUGGCGAAGUCUUCUUUGAAUAUCAGGGACUGAGUCAAUAAAAAGAAAAGCAGAAAGGUGGCUUUUACUGUUGACAAAAAGCAGGGGUCAAAGAAAGAAAUUUAAGUCUUAAGGCUAAAUAGGCAUUGCAAUAAACAGGUAGCAAAGAUGUACUAAACUUGCUUUAAAAAAAAAAAGGAAAUUAAGAUUAUAUGUAGAAUCAACUUUAUCUGUCAUUGUAAUUGACCCAUCGGAGAAUUAUAACAAGCAAAAGGAAAUUAAGGUGUUUCCAAAGAGCUGUGUUUAUAUUACAGUUUUUUAAAAAAGCAUUUUCUGAAUUACCAUAAUUAAUCUCUCCAACUCAUUAAGUCAGAAUAUAAUAUGAAGUUCCCCAAGGAAACAAACAAAAUGAACUGUAGAAUAUCUAGCAAAUAGUUAAAGAGGCAAUUUGUUAUUAGGACAUACUCGGGCUGCUUCCAAAUGCAAAAACUCUAUUGCAACAUCUUGUUUCAUCUUUCCAAUACAUGUACAGUACCCACUAGAGGAUAGAGCUGCAUCAGUUAAAUUUAUGACUUUUGAAAAUUAAUGCAGUCUAUAGACAAUUUUGUGUUUUAUUUGAUUAAGAAGUGAAGUUUAUGCCACCAAAUGUAUAACCAAAUUGUAAGUGCUUAAAAAGCAGUGCUCAGAGUAUGUUCAGUUCACAGUAAGUAGAUUUAUUGGAAUAAACAUUUUAUGGUACAUUCUCAGAAAUUGGCUGCCAACUAAAAUAUGUUUGACCCAUUUUGAGUGAGUAAAUUGGAAAGAAAAUUUAAAAGGACAAAAAUGCAUGUUUAUAUACUUUUUAAAUAAAACCAAACCUCAUUAAGUGGACAUUCAUAACAGUGUCCUGCCUCAUUUGUUUUCACGACUUUGAGAGCAAGAAAUUCCUGAAAAUCAGUCAUGAAUGGUCAAAAUGAAUAUGACUUUGAAAUGUAUGUCAGCCACCGUACAUGUACAGUCAAUCAAUCAAGUAGAAGAGAACUUCCCUGAAAUUUCCACCUCUGACAUUUUUCCAUGUGCUGCCUACACAACUGUAAAUUCUAUUCUAGUUAUACUUUCUCAUGUUUUUCCUAUGAUGUGUUCAGUAGUUGGUACUUUGAAAAAUAUUCAAUGUAAUGAUUAGAAUCAGUUAUAAAAUAUGGGACCCACUUGAAUGGCAAUGACAAUUCAUACUCCAUGCACGAUUGACUUAGUCACCAAUUCAAUAUCAUGUUAUUAUAGCAAAGGGAUAGUAUAUAAUUCAUGUUUUCUAUCUUUUCUGUUCCCUGAGACUGCUUCAACACAGGCAAGAGUGGAGGAGUUUAAUGGUCUUUAUGAGCCCCAACACCUUCUUGGUGCCAUAGAGUUCAUUUCUUUGCAGAAGAGAAAACAUAGUUGGAGACACACUAAUUAAAGGCUUUAUCAACUUUCUACCACCAGUGCCUGAAUUUUAAUGCAGUUUGAUUUCUCUGGGUGAGAUUUUGGAGGGAAGAUAAAAAGUUCCUAUGAAGAGCAAAUACGUACUCUUCAUAACUGCAAGAUGUGAGGAAUUUAAUUUUUAUUUAUGUAGUUCUCUAUUUUGCCUCUUUCUAUUUAAAAGCAAACAAAGUUUUAUUCAUUUGUGUUCCCUCUAUAUGCUUGUCUGUAACCCACUUUAGAUUAAAGCUUUAAUUCAUUACAUUUAUUACACAUAGAUCUUGAUCCCUAGUGUGACUAAUAAACCAAGACUUCCAUGUAGAGUAUGUGUAUGAAAGUGACUUCUGGAAUAAUGCAGGACAUAGCAGCAUACCUUCCUGAUCAUUUUCAGUGUAUAAAACUUAACUGUUUUGGUUAGAUUUUGGCAAUGCUUAUAGUUACUUGAAAUGUGCUAAAAGAGCAUUCCACAUUCCCUGUUAAAUCGAGUUUUAUAUAAAUUAGUUAGUAAAAUCUUGCACCCAGUGUAUCAUUCUCACACAGAUACAGAGCAAGAUACAAUGCUGUAGCUAUCCAAAUGAAUUCAGGAAUCUUAUCAAAAAAUCAAAAGCUUUUGUCAACUUUUUUUGUGAAAAGCUUCUAAUCAGUACAUCAGAAUGUCAUUAGAAGAAUACAAACAUGUGUAAGAACUACUGUUUUUUUUUUUUCCUUUUGUAAAAUGAAGGUGAUUAGAAAUUCACUGAGCUCACUCUUCUGCAGGUCUAAAUAAGAUCUGUGUAACUUGUCAGAAGGCAAUCUGGAUGGGAGAGAAUGUAAACUUAUCUUGCACUCACAGGCAAUGCUACUGUGCAGUCAAGCCCCAGACAACACAGCUCCAUUCUCAACAUGCAAAGUCUCCACUGGGGAAAAGCCAGUCAGUGCCCCAACUCAGGUAUGCCUCAGUGUGUGUAGGCAGAGCAGCCCCACCCCUUCCCAGAUCUCUUCCAUGUCAUAUUUAAAGUGGGGUAGUACAAGGGCUUGAAAACAACUGAUUCCUUCACAGGAGUUGAACCCAGUUCAAGGGAGCAUGUAGGAAAAUCAAGACCAACAUUUAAGGUGUCAUAUCAAAGGGAAGUGAAAACAUUGCAAGUAGACUUGCUCUAAGUAACAAAACAGAUAAAACGGUGUUCUAUGUCAUAGUUUAUUGCUCUGGGUAUUUAAACCUAUCUUCAAUGGGAUUGAGGUGGAAAGUUUGUAUGAUCUUGGAUAGAAUACCUCCAAAUUUCUAUUCAACAAAUUUAUGUAAAUUGUCCAUCAAUAACAUAAUUAUAAUAAUAUCAGUGAGCUCUAAACUGCGGUUUAUCUUCGCCACUGGAAAGUGAUUGUGUAUCAGUAUUAAAGAUAUGCAGAACCAUGACAUUCACUAAUUUGUACAUCUGCUUCUGUACAUUGUAUUUAUAAAGUUACAUGACGAGAAUUGGUGUAAAGCAAUGUCUUUCCACAUUAUCUUAGAGAUGAAGUUACUUUUACUUUGCUUCUCUAUAAUGUGUACUUCAAUUGAAAUCCCAUACCUUUUUUUCAUUGAAAUUCAAUUUACUAAUUUUUCUUAUCUCAUGAUUUUCAAAAGCAUUUAUUGUGACUUUAAGGUGUUGCAAGAUAAGGGAUUUUGUGGCCGUGGGUAGACUUUUUAUACUUUGUUUUAUAGAUGGACUUUUUUUUAACUAGUCUGUUUAAGUCACCAAACAGCGUCCAAAAUCUUACUGUGUUUCAUUUGAUGUUGUUAGAUCAGAAAAGAAAUUGGCAUAAAAUUGGUUAAUAGUAUUGUCAAAGAAUUGUGUAUUGUGUACUCACUGGGAAAAAAUAAAAUAUAUUCACAUUUCAAA